UCAUGGCAAGGUGUCGACAACUUAAGGCAGGCCGAAAGGAUCGGCGGAGAGGGGUCGGUUGAGGCCAUGGUUUCAGGGGAGUCCUUCUUCAACGCCCUUUCCUCUCUUCCACAUAAAUAUUCAUUCUCCUCUUUCUUCUCUCUUCGGAUUACUUUCCCUCCUUCCCAUUUCCCUCUGCUUCCCAUUUCCUCCUCCUAAUCCAAAUGCCUUUUCUUCCUCACCUUUGCGCCUAAAUGCUCUUCUUCUUCGCGGGGGUUCUGUACAAUUGUGGUGAACAUUAAGAAAUGGAUGGAAAUGGUGGGAUGAAGUGGACUGGAAUCCGCCAUUUUGUGAGGCUGAAACAGACUCUCCAACACUGGCAAGCUGUCACAGUUAACCCGAAAUCCCAAGCAUCCAAUAAAAAUCAAAGCCAAAGCCAAAAUCAUAAUCGUGGGAUCCUUUCACCAGCAAUCAACAAAAGGCUGAUGAAUGCCAUGUGUUGUGAUUCGGAUGAGGAGAGCUGCCAGAGCCCUGAGCAUCUAUCCGAUGUCCCGAAAGGGUACUUGGCUGUUUAUGUUGGGCCGGAGCUUCGUAGGUUUAUCAUUCCCACCAGCUAUCUUAGCCAUUUGGUGUUCAAGGUGUUGCUGGAAAAGGCAGAGGAGGAGUAUGGAUUCGAUCACAGUGGUGGGCUAACACUCCCAUGCGAGAUCGAGACCUUCAAAUACCUUCUCAAGUACAUGGAGGUUCAGCAGCUCGAUGAUCAUCCUGAUGAGCAGACCCCAGCUGAGAGUUCUUUAAGCAAGGAAGGAUAAAAAAGGCUGUGAUGAACAGCAGUGAGGGCUAUUGGGAAAGCCGGAUGGAUGUCAGAUAUACUGUGAAAUUGAUGCGUUGUGGUUUUGGUUUGAGAGUCAGAACCAUUAGUAGGGAUGUUUGUUUGUGUUUAAUUAGUUAGAAAAGUGGAGGAUGGAUUAAAUUAAUAUUACCUUUUCUUUUUUCUUUUUUUUUUUUUUUUUUUUUUUUUUU